AGACAGGACCUAACAGCCUGGGCCAUGCACCCUGCCGUCCCGAGCAGGCUUCUCUUGGCCUGUAGCCUCGCCUUCAUGCCCUUCUCUGCAGACUCCUGGGAAAUCACAAUGAGGGACCUAGAGGAGAAGGACGUGGACGAGUUCAGCUCCAGCGGCUUCAAGUGUCCCACGUGCUUCGCGGUGAAGGGGAGAGAGUGCAAGCCAGAGCUCAAGUGGUGCUCCACGGAUAAGAUAAACUGUGUGGAACUCUCCGGCAUCGUGAACACAGGUAUCGACAAUGUAGCCAUUGAACUGAAGAAAUGCAUAACCACGGACCUAUGCAAAGACACAGCGACUGCCUAUAUGGGUUUUCCAAUCACUAACAAAAGUUUAAGUUGUAAAUUGGCCGUCAGAAGUGGGGCCAGAGCCAGAGCCCCGACCCCCAUCUUCUUUGUCCUCUUCCUGAAGAAACUGCUCCACUGAGCACCUUCAGAGGCCCAGCCACCAUCACGGAAGAAUUAAAAUUGCAGCUUCUGCCUGUGUGUC